AAUUGCUUAGUUUUGUUGUAUUUUGGAAUGCUGCAGAAUGCAGAAGACAAUAGACCGCUACCAAAGACUAGCAAGAGAUGUACACAUCGACAGUGAAGAUGUAGAACAAAACAUGCAGCAUUUGAAGUGUGAAGCUGCAAACAUGGCAAAGAAGAUUGAGCUUCUUCAAAUUUCAAAACGGCAGUUUGCAGGAGAAGAUCUGGGAUCAUGCUCUGUAGAUGAACUGCACCAGAUAGAAAGCCAGUUGGAGCGAAGCUUAAGCAACAUUAGGGGAAGGAAGACUCAAUUAUCUAAGGAACAGAUAGAGAAACUGAAGGAAAAGGAGAGGGUACUAAAACGAGAGAACAGAAUACUACGAGAGAAGGCAAGGCAACAGCCAACCCCAGAUGGAGAGAUUGUUCCAAACAAUCAAAUUAUUCCUCACGCAGAUGUGGAAACCGAACUGUCUAUUGGAAUACUUGAAAGAGGAACAACACGCCCCCCACCACAGCACUGACAAGUACACCCUAUGGUACCAACAAAUGAUUCUAGAGUGAUAUAGAAAAACCCAACUUGAGAUGAAAACAAUAUUUAUCACUUAAAGAAUUAUCGACAUGUUAUUAUAUGAAACAAACCAUAAAAUACUGAUAUAAUAGUAGUAUUGGGUCUAGUUGAUCACUGAUAAGCUGCCUUCAAAUGUGGAUGGAACAAAGCCAAUUUAACGAAUUGUUGCUACACUGACAUCACAGUGAAGUAAAUGGUAUAAAAUCUUUACUGUGUAGCCUACAAA